AUGGGGGACGCGAACGGGACGGCGGCGACGGGAAUCGGCAGCUACAACGACACGGACCACGAGAUCACCGUCCGCUUCAACGUGAAAACGACGGCUGACAUCGACUCCGCACAGGUGGGCCCGCAGCUCCAGGCCCUACAGAACGCCGCCAGGGUGGUCUUGGGCGCCGCGAUCCCCCGCGCGCUCCCUCACGAGAACUCUCGCUCGUGCCUGUACACCUUCCUAGAAACAGACAAGCUCCACGUGAACUGCGAGUUCACGGUCUGCAGCGCAGACGACUCCAAGGCGGUGUGGGAGGCGUGCAUGUCCGCCUCAGACUCGGAGGGGAGCAUCGCCGGCGAGCUGGGCUUCCUCGAGGGCCCCACGGUCACGGACGUCAUGUGCGCGAAGAACGCGUUCACUUGGUGA